UAUUGAUCUCUCGGCUCACCUCUCCGUCGUGCAUUCGGGACGAAUCUCAGUGUUAGAAGGCGGUUUCUUCGCAAUCUCCACCUAUAUGUGUGGAAAUUAGGGAUAAACGGAGCGCGGUGACGGCGGUCGAGCGGCAAGAUGAGAAAAAUAAUAGUGGAACAAUUGAAUUUGUCGAUAAAAAGAUUGGGUGAAAGUGUUGCGGGAUAAACGGGAGCAGUAACUGGGGGUUGUGAGACAGAUCAAAAAUGAAAAUUCAAAGUAAGUGCGGUGCGGGAUAUAACCGCGAUAGAAUGGGUGUACACCCAUCGGGAAGAACAGUUUUGAACGAUUGUACAAAUUUGUUAAAUCUAUCGCACCGUGUUACAUUACUAUCGGCGUUAAACGGCGUAUUUAAAUUGAAUUCUAAAUGAAUGACUCAACUGUGCAAUGAUAAAAGCCAGCAGAUAACGGAGAUAAUGACAAGAAUAAAAGAUGGCCAUAGUAGACACAAUAAAGAAAACAAACCUAAUCGAAUCAAAAAUCAAUAAGAGUUAACCGAAAAAGUGAAAUUUUAAAUUCGGAAUAACUUUGCAUACCGAUGGGCAACGAGAUGUGAAGGGGCCCAAAUCUGGGGCCCCGCAGUGCCCGAAGUAGUUAUAUCGUUCAAAUGACAAUUGCUAAAUAAAUGAUCUCAUAUGUUCGGGAAAAAUAUAACCUGAAUAUACAGCAGUUGAAAACGCAGUCGGCCGUUAAUAAUAUAAAUCAAGGAAACCUGUCUUUCAUAUAACCCUGAGGAUUUUCAAAUCGCGGGUGCCAAAUUCAUAUUUAAAUAAUUACGUAACGAAUAAUGUUUAUAGAAUUGAAAAGUGAUCGUUGAUGCGAAUUGCCUUAGUAUAUAUUCUAUUAGUCUCCGAAGAGGGGAUGAUCAUAUUUAGAAAAGAGUCGAAACAUAAUAAAUCCGUAUUAUAAUAUAACUAUGAGUACCAACUAUAUCCAAUUGUGUGUCGGUAGGGCAAGUGUCUUAAAUAAACGUCUUUGAAGAUCAAAUUUUAAACUGUACUGUUAAUAAUAGCUCCGUUAUAAGAUUAAGAUCAUCUUGACUAUCGUACAUUAGUAAUAAAUACAUACAACACACAAGUUCUAUGCAUAUUAUAAAAGAUUGUAUUUUCGCAAAGGGUAACAAGCGUUUUAAACCACCUUAUGCUAAAAAUCUUUAUCUCAACUCAUCGAAUCAAACGACAGAAGUAACACCAAUCGCACAACACGAUGUAACCAGCAACAGUAUCUACAGCGGUAAAAACAACUUCAAUGACAACAACACAAUAAAACCCUCAACGAUUAAUCAUGAAUCGUUGUGAUACUCGAUAAACAAGAAUAUACGCAGUCAUUAAAAACAAAUCUUAGAUACGUGUAACAGAUGUGAGGUGUCCUUUUAAUCAAAAUAUUGGGGGAAUAAUACCGAAAAGAUGGUGGACCUCGGUGGAUACAUCAUCAUCUUGAUGAAUCACAACGGAAAAGUCAAAUUAUACGGGUCACCCGCUGACAACGCGGACAACCUGGAGGUCGGUGACGAGAUACUAGAGGUGAACGGUCGCACUUUGGAAAACGCAACGCACUCAGAAGUCAUUCAACAUAUUCAUCAGUGCAUCAAAUCCCGAACGAUAUGUUUAAGGGUACGGAGAAGAAGUGGCAACAAAAUGGAAGAGUUGGAUGGACCGAAUGCCGGACGCAUCAGGGAUGCUUGGGUCAUCGCCGUCGAAAGAGGAGCAAGAGAGAGAUUGCAGAGGCUGACAGCUUUGAGAAGAAUCCAGCCGCGAGAUAUACAAGCUAUUCUCCAUCAGAAGGAUGAAAACACGUCGCAGAUAAACGACGGAGGUGCUUCUUCUAGUACGAUAACCACUCGUGCUGAAAUAACGAGCAAUCAAAUCACCGUAACCGUCAAAGACAGGGAAUGUCCACCGACCGAAUUUCCGGUGAAAUUGAGCAACGGGACGGUACCAAAGGUUGCAACGAGCAAGGUACAGGUCAGCCCUGCACCGGCGUCGAAUAAGCUCGCCAAGGAAAAGGAGGAUAACUCGGGAGCGCCGGCGAAGGAGAAAAAGGAGUCUUUAGAGAAACAGCAAAGCUGCCCCGAGGAGUCGAACAAUCUAUUGGUACACCCGGCACCUUCGCAGGGUACUAGAGUCGGCGAGAGAAGGGCGAGCAGCCCCUUUCAAAAUGGCCGUACCGAGGUCCUGAUCGGCGACGCUGAAGGUGGACCAAGAUCGCCGAGGGGAUCGACGUCGUCGGGAGCUAAUGACAAUAACCUGCUCAAUCCGCCUACCGAAUCCGACAACCCAGAACCAAUUUGCAGGUCUCGUAUUCGAAGCGGCAGUGGCGUAGGGGAAAUCCACCUGCAGGAAAAUAACAACGGUUCGCGUGAGGUGAAGGAGGGGGUUGGGCCCGUAGAGGGGCCCGAUGAAAUGUGGGCCCCGAGUGCGCUCGGGCACCACCGGGAACUCCCCGUUGACGUUCCCGACACCCUCCUCCAGCAGGCCUACCCCAACGCAACAAAGACCGGUCUGAACGGGGUAAAACCUGCGAUACCACCAAGAGAUCAGAAGAGAGCCCCGGCAAGACCUCCGAAGGACAACAGACUGUCGCAGAACAAUAACGUCGAACAAACGGAACCAACCCAACAGCAGCUUCACUCCAUACAGAAAUACAAGGAACAACUCCGCAAACGGAAAGAUGAAGAAGAAAAACAGGAAUACUUGAAUCGGUCUCUACGUGGAUCUCGGAAACUCCACGCCCUAGAAAGUCAUUCGACAAGUCUUUCUGGACAAGAAAAUCAAGCCUAUGCUCAAGACGAAUUUGUCAGUAGGUCGAAUUCGAUUCCCAGUAAACCGAUCAACUCUAUAACUUCGUCGGAAAUUAAAGAGUUUCCGAAACCGCUUACUUAUGGAGAGGUCGUGGCAACAUUGGAAAGGCUACAAUUGCAGCUCAGAAAUGUAGCUGGAACUUUAGGAGUACCGUCGCCUGGUGUAGAAGCAAAACUAGAAGCAGUUAGGACACUUUUGAUUCAAAGGCGUUUCGCAACUGCCCUAGCGACACACCAUGCGCUGCGAAAUUGUUUGAGGGAGAAUGGUAAAACUGUGAAACCCUUGCACCAUACCGAAGAUGCCGCCAAUCUGGCUCGAGAUUGCGUCGAGGUGCUGGAACAAUGGCAAACCUCAUCGAAGGGUGGCGGAAAUAGCGGAGACUCUAUAGGACCCAUUGUAGAAGAGCUGACAAGUUUACUAACAAGUUAUGAAAUCGAGGGCCUCCUUCUUGCCCAUGAUUCCAUUAGUUCCUACGUUGACGGUCUUCAGCGUCGACAGAGUCCGUCCUCAUCCUCGCCAAGCGGACCGCCCAGCCCCACUUCUAGCACACAUGGAUCUAGAGUAGCUGAAAACAUCAAAAUCAUUAGAAUCGAAAAGACUAACGAGCCUUUGGGUGCUACUGUUAGAAACGAAGGAGAUGCCGUAAUUAUAGGUCGAGUUGUACGUGGAGGAGCAGCCGACAAAUCGGGCUUGUUGCACGAAGGUGAUGAAGUGUUGGAAGUAAAUGGAGUCGAAAUGCGAGGCAAGAGCGUGAAUGAAGUCUGCGAUAUUCUUGCCGGAAUGCAGGGUAGCUUAACGUUCCUCGUUCUACCAGCACCAGUUGACCACAGGAAUAACGGUAAUACCAACAUCCGCGAGGACACGACCCUGAUACAACAUGUGCGAGCACACUUUGAUUAUGAUCCGGAAGAAGACCCUUACAUUCCUUGUCGAGAACUAGGCGUAAGCUUUCAGAAAGGGGAUGUACUGCAUGUAAUUUCUCAAGAAGAUCCAAGCUGGUGGCAAGCUUACCGCGAAGGGGAAGAAGAUCAGACGUUGGCCGGUCUUGUCCCUAGCAAGAGCUUCCAACACCAACGUGAAUCCAUGAAACAAACGAUAGCUGGAGAAAAAUCAACGGGACGUGGUUCGAAAAAAUCAAGUACGUUACUUUGUGCAAGAAAGAAUCCGAAAAAAAAGAAGAGAAGCAAGUCUGGCUCAAAUUUCAAUGACGACGGGUACCCUCUCUAUGCUACAACAGCUAUCGACGAUUAUGACAGCGAGGAAGUGCUUACGUAUGAAGAAGUAGCCCUUUAUUAUCCCCGAGCAAAUCAUAAAAGGCCAAUAGUAUUAAUCGGUCCACCUAAUAUUGGAAGACACGAACUUCGCCAACGAUUAAUGCAAGAUAGCGAGCGCUUUGCUGCAGCAAUCCCACAUACAAGCCGCCCAAGGAAAGACUCCGAAGUAGACGGACAGGAUUAUCAUUUCAUAUCAAGAUCACAAUUUGAGUCAGAUAUAUUGUGCAGAAAGUUUGUGGAGCACGGAGAAUAUGAAAAAGCUUAUUAUGGAACUUCGGUGGAGGCUAUACGCUCUGUUGUGAACUCUGGUAAAAUUUGUGUAUUGAAUCUGCAUCCGCAGAGUUUAAAAAUUCUACGCAGUUCAGAUCUGAAGCCAUAUGUAGUUUUCGUUGCGCCACCAAGCCUUGAGAAAUUGAGGCAAAAACGGAUCAAGAAUAAUGAAAACUUCAAGGAAGAUGAAUUAAAAGAUAUAAUUGAAAAGGCUAGAGACAUGGAAGACAAGUAUGGCCAUUUAUUUGACAUGAUUAUUAUUAAUAAUGAUACUGAUCGGGCAUAUAAUCAGUUGCUUACUGAAAUCAAUUCUUUGGAAAGAGAACCACAGUGGGUUCCCGCAUCUUGGCUUCAAUAAGAACAAGAUAUAGAGCAAAAACAAAAAAAAUGAACGAAUGAAUUGUGGUACACUAUAGCUUCCCUUUCGUAGCUUCUGAAACGAAUAUUUACUGAAACAAAAAAGUAUCCAUUCCAAGAAUUGGAUAAUUCGUCAUCAAAUUUUGAAAUCAAAUUUACCUGGGCUUGAGUGGAACAGGCUCAAUGUGGUCAAUGACUUACAUAUUUUUCGCUAUUUUUAUAAGUAGACUCAUUUAUGAGAUAUUUUUUAAAGAGAAUUAUUUAUAAUCUUGAAUUUUUAUACAGGCAAAGAUUUUUUAAUCUCGUAACGGAAUAUAUACAAUUAUCAGAAGUAUCUGAAAUUUUAUUCAAUUCAAGACCGCACACCACAAUACUGGAUGUAAUAAGCAACACAAGUAAAAUACAACACCUUUGCCUACGUUGUUAUGCAGUUUUGAGUAAUUUGAAAUGCUCUUAAAUUUGAUGAUGAAUGGUAAAAUGUGAGUGCACCGAAUUGUGAAGCAAUAAAGUGGCAAUUGGCAGAAGAAAUAAUUUAGGUGGAUUAUUUGAAGUAAAAAAACGUUAUUGAAAUAGGCAAAAAUUACAACAAUUGUAAUUGAUAAUAUUCUGAUCAGAAGCUGCAUGUAGGAAAAACCUUUAGAAUCUCGAGACAAACAAUAUCACAACUAAAUAAAUCUAUCACAUCUAGUAAAUUGCAAUUGAAAAAAAAUUGAUAGAAAAAUAUUUUUAAAAAAAUUAUGCGAAAAAAAUAAAAACGACACAGUUAUUGAUAUUUCAUCGUUUAUUAGACUGUCUUGUGUCUGUAUAGAGAGUUUAUUCAAAAACAUGUAGACUUGUUACGUAAUAGACAUAGAUGAUGGAUAAAAAAUUCCAAGCUUGUGUCAAGUUCCAAAAUUGUGCCAACGGUUGAAUAUGCAGUGAAGCCAGUCGGAAACACAAAUGUGCCAAACUGAAUUGGAUAAUUCACGGCGUUUUUGAAAAAUAUGCGCUCAAAGGCACAGUAGGAUUCGUCGUUACUUAUAAUUAUGUAAAUACUUGUGCAAUUGACAAUUGUAUAGAGAAGAUAUACUAUUGCAUGCAACCCUGCUGAUCAACACAAUCUUUGCUGUACAGUUGCCCAUCGUCUUAUUUUUUUCCAACAGUUAAAGCAUUAAAAUGAUUUUGUCAUAUAAAUUAAAUCACUUUACUAUCAUUCAUAAUGUACUUUUCUUCAUUAUCAAUCCUAUGAGCGACUUGAAAUUUGAUGUGUUAUUUCAUGACAGACUUGUUUAUAAAUGCAAGGUAUUGAAAGUCAAAGUCUUCUUCAUUGGCAGGGUUGUAUUACAAGAUUAUUAAGAUUCUAUCAGGAGUCAAGAGAUAGAUUUGUUCACUAGGAGAUCAAAGAAUGUAACAAUGAACCCACACCUCGACACAAUGAUGUGGUCUUGGUGAAUUUAUUGCAAGAUAUAAUAAAGCGAUGAUAGUUUAGUGAUUAAUUUUCAUUGUUUUAUAUUUUAUACAAUUUGUAUUUUAUUAUUUCAAUACUUUCGUGAUUGUGAAAGAAGUGGAGUGACAUCUUGAUUACUGACAGAAACUUCGUAAUUACUGGUUGGAUUAUUAUCAAUACUAUUAAAGUGUGUAUAUUGAUAUUGGUUUCAAAUGUAAAAUAAACGUAUAAGCGUUCCAGCGUAAAGAUAUAAAUAAGAAAAUAAAUAAUAUAAUUAGCAAUAAUGUUGAUAAGUAUAAAAUGAAUUCAAGCAUUCGAGAUGCGUGCGAACAUUCUAAAAAGAAACUCUUCCGAACGUUAACUAUAUAUUAUUAAUAUAUUACUUUAAAUUAUAUUAACAUAAAAUAUAAUAAUUCCAAUGAGUCUUCCAAUUGAAAUAUCAUAAAUCAAGAGUAGGUUUAAGGAUUUACAUAUACAGACGUAUAUGUUUAGAUUCACAGACUGCGCUAGAAAUAUGAUAUUUCAUUCAAUCAUUGGAAAAACCAAAUUUGCCCAAUGGCAGCUACUACAGAAGCUCUGUAUCGAUGGAGAAUAUUGAAGAGCAUUUUUUGAAACUUAAUUUUCAUAAUUACUGACCGUAACUAAAUCUACUUCAAGUACAGUGCAUUAAGUUGCAAAGAAUCUUGUAUAAAUUGUAACAUUUUAAAGUAUAUUAUGUAUAGAGGAAACGGAUAAUGGAAAAAAAUCGCCAUAAAGAGUUAUUACGCUCAUCAUCCAUGCGACGUCACGAGUGAUUCUGUUACAUGUUCUGUUGAAUAAAGGUUAUAAUAACAUUUCAAAAGUCAAAA